AUGCUUCAUUAUUUACAUUUCAUUUUCCAUGAUGAACAGUUUAAUAGUCAAUACGGCCUAACGCAAGCUGGUUUGGAGGAAUACAGCCGAUCGUACUACGAGCAAAACAUGAUGUACAAUCAUCAAAAGCAGUCGUCAUACGCACAAUCAGAAGGCUAUCACAGCUACGUGAGUUCAGAUUCGUCGUCAACGCCGUUUUUGGACAGGCUACGUCAAGACAGUCAACUGCAGUCACGAGCCAUCAAUUGGUCGCAAGAUUUUCAAACGCAAAAUCUCAAUGGAAGUACCAACAGCAUAUCGAGCAGCACUGGUAACAUUAACAACGAAUGUUCCGAAAGUAACUCAUCGACGGAAACACUUAAAUGGCUUGGAUCAAUGAGCGAUGUGUCUGUGGUCAGUCAAGCAACGAAUACAUCAACUCUAUCAGCCUCCUCGCAAUUAAUUGUUCACAGCUCUAAAGUGCGAACACCACAACGUCAUAACUCUGAAAGUGUUCUUUACAUGAACGACGAGAGUAAAAUGAAUGGAAACACCAGCAACAAUAGUGUUGAAGAUCUUUCUAGCGAGCAGUUUCAGCAUCGUUCUAGUCGUAGUGAUAAUAGACUUUUUCCAAUUAACACUUAUACAGAACAACAACCAAUUUCAUUGAGUGCAUCUACGACGUCGCUCGAUUCAAAGCUUUCAAGCAAUCAUAAUUGGCAAUCGGUAGCCGAUCGAAUCAAUGAACUGGAAAAGCAACAACAAAAACAGCAAGCAAUUCAUGAUCACAAUAAACAGCAUUACACAUAUUUGGAUCCGAGCAAGACACACCGAGUACCUAAUCCGACAUUGAAGGCAUUUCAAAAGAAUGCGAUCCAAUCAUAUUUCGAAAGACAACAACAGCAGCAACAAUCAAUCAGGCUUAGUAAGUCAACUCAUCAUGUUGCCACUAAAAGUGAUGAUCUGACUAAAACAAAAUCAUCAUCAAUUGUCGGUGGUAAAGAGAUAUCGAAAAGCAAUGGAAAUAUUGCAUCGACGCGACCGCAAUCAUUGAAUUUAAGUCUUGCAACAUCCGCUGUUAGUUUACCGACAACACCUUCAUCAACACCGUCAACAACCAGCAGUCAACGUUCAUCAAUUUCAGCUUGGCCCAAUGCUAGUCCCACGACAACAAACUCAUCGAUAAUGAUCGGUAGCAAAUCAUCAGACAUCGGUGCUUCGAUGAAGAAAAAUGCUAAUGAUAUAGCAAAAAUGAAUAUGAAGAAUAGCGCGAUGUCUUCGGCAGUCGCAUUGAAUGGCAGUGAGAAGCAAUUUGUUGUUACUGGUAGCAAUAACAGCAGUGGUGGUGGUAAAGGGAAUAAUGGAAAAAGUCAAUCAAUCAACAAAAAUCUAUUUACAUCAUUCUGUGAAAUCAAGACUGAAAACUAUCCUUCGAAAGGCUUCGUCGAAGGCAACACAACAAUUGACAUUAAUGGUGCAAACAAAACUAAUUCAACACCACCACCAUUGCCACGAAAAAGUAACGUCUUACGAAGGACUUCAUCGGCAUCUGAGUAUUCAUCGAUACGUGAUAAAAUGUUACAACAGAAUCAACAUUUAUCAAAGGACUUAUUGGGAGCUAUGAUUAUUGGAAAGAUUAUUUCAAUUGAUGAUUGGGUGCCUGAAAGACCACCGAAGAAUCCCUCAUUAAGGAUUCCAUCGCCUGAAUUGCCUCCACCACCGAACACAGAAAAUAUUCCUAUGAAUCAAGACGAUCCACUGCCACCACCACCACCAGAAUUAUUGAAGUCAGAACCAGAACUCAAAUUAAAUGCAACAAGUCGUCGAAAUAGCUUUGCCGGUCAAAGCAACAACACGACAAGAGUGAAGGUCAACAACAUUCCAUUAUCACCGCCAGCCAUUCCAAUGCGUCCAAAAAUUGUUCCUACACCAAUCAUGACUGUUAAUCCCGUGAAAAACAUAUGUCAGAUGCCUCAAGAAUUAACUGUUCACGCACAGCGUGUAAUUGUUCCAAAAUCUGAUGAAAACAUUUCUUUCAAUCAACAACAAACGACGUCAACACCGAAAGUUGCUGUAGGAAGGGCGUCUGAUAGUCGCGUAUCAGUGAGAAAACGUGCACAUAAUUCAAAGGAUUUUAUCGGAUACAUUCCAGCCCAACAGCAAUCGACGCCUCCACCGUUGAAGCCGAGAAUGCGGAACCAAAACGAGAUCAGCAACGGCAAUAACACUUCAGCACAGAAUGUCUUUACACCAAUUGUUAAUAAAGUCCGGUAA